GUAGCGGAUAAACUCAAAUUGGUGCGGAGAGGUCUCGUUUUGGCAACAAAGAGCGAAAGCUACCAAAAACAAAUGAAAACGGAUAUAUAUAAUUACAUUUCUGCUCUCUCUCUCUCGCUUGGAUGUUUGCAUUUUACUUUAAUUAAACGGUGUUUAAUAAUUUAACUGUUUGUAGAGUUUAAUUUCAAGCCUGGACUAUGGAGUACUGGAGGCAAUGCAGUUUAUGGCUGAUCAAUUGUAAAGUUUUACCCCGGAAUCACCGGGUCACGGCGGAAUCGGCGCAUGUCUUUGACUUGGCGCAAACGCUUCGGGAUGGAGUCCUUUUGUGCCAGCUGCUGAAUAAUCUCAGACCCGGCAGCAUUAACCUGAGAGAGAUCAAUCUCAGACCACAAAUGUCACAGUUCCUCUGCACUAAGAACAUUCGGACAUUCCUGUCUACUUGUUGUGAUUCAUUUGGGAUGAAGAAGAGUGAAUUGUUUGAUGCCUUUGAUCUUUUUGAUGUCCGUGAUUUUGGAAAGGUCAUUGACACCUUAUCCAAACUCUCGAAUACCCCUUUCGCACAGCGGGCAGGGAUUAGGGCGUUUCCCACAGAGGAAAGUAGCGAAAAUGAGGAGAUAUAUAUCCAUUUGGCAGAUCUCAUUGAUGAAGAGCUGGUGGAGGAUAUUUAUGACACCGUGUAUGGAGAUGUGGAAGGAGGGGAGGUCUAUGAAGAUCUGAUGAGGACAGAUGCUGCAUCUCAGUCGAAGCAGGCCGAGGUGGACAUCAGAAGCUGCUGUCUCUCAGAGAUCAAACAGACAGAAGCCAAAUACACAGAGACCCUGGAGACCAUCGAGAAGUACUUUAUGAUUCCACUGAUGAAAUUUAUCCCAGCAACAGAAAUGGAUAAAGUUUUCAUCAACAUACCAGACCUGGUUAAAGUUCACAAAAGCCUAAUGGCUGAAAUUCAAGACUCGAUUGAAGAGAAGAAUGCAGAAAACCUCUACCAGAUCUUUAUUGUUUAUAAAGACAGGCUUCUUCUGUAUGGAAAAUACUGCAGUCAUGUAGAAACAGCCAUUUCACAGUUGGACUUCAUCAGUAAGGAGAAAGAAGGUGUUCGGCUGAAAUUAGAGGAAUGUUCAAAGAGAGCUAACAAUGGGAAAUUCGCUUUAAGAGACUUGUUAGUGGUCCCUAUGCAGCGAGUGCUGAAAUAUCCACUACUACUGCAGGAAUUGGUCAAAUAUACCAAUGACGCCACUGAAAAAGACAACCUACGUUUAGCCCUUGAUGGCAUGAGAGACUUAGCCCAGUAUGUAAAUGAAGUGAAAAGAGAUGUUGAGACUCUAAAAGAGAUUGAUCAGUAUCAAAGAUCAAUUGAGAAUUUGAAUGAGUCUUUGCUUUCUUUUGGAAGACCAAAAGGUGAUGGUGAAGUCCGUUUUGUGUCAAAUGUGGAUAAGCGGAGACAAGACAGGCAUAUUUUUUUGUUCGAUGUUGCUGUUAUUGUCUGCAAGCGGCGUGGGGACAUUUAUGAGAUGAAAGAAGUGAUCAACCUCGACCAUUUCAAGAUCACCAACAACCCCAAAACUGAUAAAGAAUGCAAAAAGUGGUGCUAUGGGUUCUACCUCACCCACCAGCAGGGGCAGUCCGGCUUUGAGUUCCUGUUUAAAACCAGAGAACUGAAGAAGAAAUGGAUGGAUCAGUUUGAGAUGGCUAUAUCCAAUAUUCAGCCUGAGAACGCCAACUUUAACUCCCACCGAUUUAGGAUGCACACUUUCGAGAGGGCCACCACCUGCAGCUCCUGUCGUAUGCUUCUCAGGGGAAUCUUUAACCAGGGAUACCUGUGUCCUACGUGUGGUAUAGGGGCUCAUAAGGGCUGCCUGGGAAGACUGGGAGUCUGUGGAUGGGCAGGUGCUGUUGUUCAGAAAGCUAAGAGACACAAUACGCCUAUGCACCAAGAAGACCCAGGGUUGCCAAAAAUGCUGGUUAUCAGAAAUUAUUUCGGCGUUCCUUGUCCUCAGGGUGGUCCACCGCUGAGUGCUCAGACAGGUGAUAUCAUAGAGGUCACCUGUGCGGAUCCACACAGUUCCUGGUGGCAGGGCAAGAUUCUGAAGACACAAGAGACCGGCUUCUUUCCCAGUGAUGCUGUCAAGCCGUGUCCAUGUGUACCCAGGACAGUUGACUAUUCAGCCCAACCGUGGUUUGCCGGACCCAUGGAGAGGCACCAUGCAGAGGCCGAACUUAUGAAGAGGGAGAACAGCACCUACCUGGUGAGAUACAGGAGCCGGGAGUGCAGAGAAUAUGCCAUCAGUAUCAAGUACAACAACAAUGUGAAACACAUUAAGAUCCUCACUAAGGAAGGCUGUUUCUACAUUGCUGAAAGCAGGACAUUCAAGACUGUAUUAGGUUUGGUGGAGUAUUACAAACAGAACUCCCUAAAAGAGGGUUUCCGUACUCUAGAUACUACUCUGCAGGUGCCCUAUAAAGAGCUUGGUAGUGGUGAACUCACAUACAGAGGUCCUGCUCCAGUACUGUGUGGGCUUUCCAUUUUGAGUCCCACCAGCUACACUUUUGUUCCUCCCUCCCCCUCACCCUUCUGGUCAGUAUUGACCCCAAGAGUGGUUGGCAUUGCUCUGGCACGGUACGAUUUCAGCUCCAGGGACACACGGGAACUCUCUCUGCAAGUGGGUGACGUGGUGAAGAUUUAUAUCAAGUGUACAAAUGGUUGGUGGAAAGGCGAGGUCAAUGGCCGGGUAGGGUGGUUCCCAUCUACCUAUGUGGAGGAAGAUGAAUAACCACUGCUGGGACAUUGCAGUAUUGGAAUUAUAUGCUGUGUUAGUGAUGGGCCACCUGUUUGCUUUGGUAAUAGUGAAGUAUACACAUACUGUAAUAGAGAAGUAUACACUCUUUUUGAGGGAAAGAAGCAAUUAUCAAGCUCGCGUAAUGGGAGCAAGUGGACUGCAGUUAAAACCUGCAGCGUGAUGCAUCGGGGGUCCUGCUGGCCUUGACUGUUUAAUUAGUUAUGAAUCUCCCUUGCUGCUCCAUAUUCACUCCAGACCCAGACAUCUUUCUCUCCCUCUCGCGCACCCUGUCACCUCCUGAAAUCUUCACACAGGGCCUGGGGCCCCCCUCUCUCUGCUUGUUUAAAAUUUAAACUCCAUUUCUGUGCUACGCUGGACCUCCCAUAAACUCAGGAGUGGCACGCAGAGCGAAAAGCCCUGAGCUGGCCGUUUUCUUUCUACUCUCGGCGACCUUUAUGCAGUGCUUUCUGCUCACCUUGUGCUAUAAUUGAUGAAUUCAUUCGGCAGUCUGACUCUGCAAAGUUUGGCUGUGGUGAGACACAACGGCGUGCUGUCACGAAGCCUUCCUCCCUGCCUCCUCCUCUUCAGCUCUGAUAACACUUAGCAUCAGGUCGCUCAGAGAACUGCGCGGUGACAGGAGACCUGCCGUUCAGUGCGAUAUCCAUCUCAGCUGGUCUAAAGCGCUGUGCUGUGAUCAGUCACUGCUCUAAACCUCGGGUGCUCCCAAACACUAGCCGAAUGUUGUUGACGCUGAUUUUAGACUUCAAUUUUCCCUCUUGUCAUGCAGCUGAAGGACUAAAGAAGUUAAUGGUGCAGUGUUUCCAACAGGGCCACUGGGCAAAGCCUGCAAUACAUUGCAAAAAAAAGCAUUCAUUAGAAAACUGACAAAUAAUAUAUUUGUUGAGGUGUGUGCUUACUACAAGGAACAAAAUAUGCCAGUGUCUACAAAGAAGUAUAUUGUGCGCAGUGUUGUUUAUCUUGAAUAAAUGGUGUUUUGCACGCAGUGUAGUUCUAAAGUUACAAAUUAUAUUUUCUGCAUAUCCAUUUGUUUAAGAUAAUUAAAUAUUAACAUGAAUGUGAAUUAAAAAUGUACAUGAAUUUCACAAAUGUUUAGUAUGUGGCAUUUCCCUUUUUGCUCAAAGGUGCCAUAGAAUAAAAAAAAUGUAUUUACCUAGGAAUAGAUGAAUAAUAAGAGUUCUGUACAUGGUAAUGACAUAUCGUGAGCCUCAAAUGCGUUUUUUCCUCAUUCUUAUGUAAACCUUGUGCAUGCAAAAGACGGCUGGAAAACAGGCCAAUCUCAACAUAACACCAACUGUGAUGUAACAGUCGAGAUGUACGCCCCAACAUGUUUACUAAUGUGAGCUACUGGCAUGAGCCUCAGGGAGAGCAGAGCCAAUCAGAGUAGAGCUCAACAUUAUUAUUCAUGACCCUUCCAAAUAGGGCAAAAAUAGACCAUUUCAGUCAUAGGACAAAUCCUAGUGUUGAAAAUAGACAUGUAAAAAUGUUUCUGGAUAAUUUUUGCACUUAAUAAAAUUACAUACCUUCUAUGUAAAUAUCAAAGAACAAUUUAACAUAUUAUUUCAAUGCAUUCUUUGGCACCUUUAAAUGACAACAUGCUUAAGCUGGCAUGGACUCAUAUUGCGUAUUAUCAAGCAUAAUCUGAGAAUGUCUAUGUGCUUUAACAGAGGAAAGGAACUAUGACCUUGUGUACAAAGGACUUAUGCCACAAAAUUGAUUAGUGACCUACAAAUUCUCAUGCAUUUUACAUCAAAAUAAUGUUUGCUUUUUUUCAAAUCUUUUUUAAAUCCUGAAUGUUUUUUUUUUCUGGGUGUACAUUUGGGUCUCACAUUGUUGUACCACACAAUAUGUGUGGUACAUGAGAACAAGAUGAAGAUACUGAUUAAGAAAAUGAGUUUUUGCAGCAAAUAUAUUUAAUGAAUAUAUCAUAUCCUUUUUAAAUUUUGUUGAACACUUUGUUCAAAGUUGUUUUAAAGCAACUGUUCAAAAUAAACUUGCUCGAUAUCUAAUGAAAAGCCAAGUCAUGUGGUGAGAAAAAAACUGAUAAAUGUUCAGUUAUUUAGUUUUCACUGCUGUAAGUCCUUGCAAAUAUGUAUCUGUCAUGUGUUUUUUUUUUUCACACAGUCUAACUAUUUUGUAAAGUUUGUACAACUUAUUAUUUCUGUAUGGUGCUAGUAUAGAAAGCAUGACAUCUGUAAAUUAUGAUAUUAAAAUCUUCAUAUGUGCAGUAUAGUACAGCAAAAUGAUUAAGGAUAUUUCUACUCUGCAUUACAUUUUCAUGUCUUCUAAUAUUCUUGUAUUCUAGUUUCGACAUGGCGAGAACCAUAGAAGCAAGAACACACUGAAGUGGGAAUAUCCGAAUUGAACGGCCUAUUUCCCACAUCCACCUUAAUUUGUUUAGGGGCCAUAAAAUGAAAAUCGGACUUUUCCAUGUUUAAGUGCUAUAAUAGGCUUUAUGCCCAGCUGCACUACUUCCUGA